AUGAAAGAUGACGACCAGGAGCAAGAACAGGAAAAAGAAUUUACUAUUGUGGAAUAUACGGACGCAAGGUUACCUUCUGACCCGGCCAUCCGCAAUGUGAUCAGACGGCAUGCUAUGCGUAAUGUCGCAGAAACACGACGGCAAAGAGACAAUUACGGCAGACACAGCCCAAAAAAUCCUCCUACAUUGACCUUUGAAGCAAUCCCAAAAGCUUCAAGCUCUACUCAACCCUCUUCCUCAGAAGCAGUAUCUGCUGGUCAUGUUGAUGCACCAGCCAAGGCUAUUGCUCCCAUCACAUGGAAAUAUCUAGCCGGCCCCACGGCUCCAUUGCCAAUGAGCACUCCAGAGGCCACUAUUGCGGAGAACUUUGCAAUUUUGCAUCUGGUAGAGUCUCUUUCUGGACUUCACCUCGGUGUCAAUGCUCAAGCAUCUUCUAUCCCGAGACUUGGGUUGCACAAAUUGCAGCUUCCUCAAAGCAAAACGCUACUAUCCUUUAUUCCAUCUCGAUACGGACACGUCACGCCGUUGACUUGUGCAGUGGACUGCCUUGUAGCCCGCGUUCGGCAGAUUACGCUCAAAGAUGAUGGAUUCUCGGAAGACCGGUGCUUAGAAGUUUUGCAUCUAUACGACAAGGCGUUAAAGGCUCUUCAAGAAGCUAUCAAUGAUGAUGAGGAGCGGAAGACGCCAGAAACACUCUGCGCGGCAGAAUUACUGGGAUUCUUUGAGCUUUUGGAUGGCAAGUCAAGGGCAGCGCAUUCUUGGACACGGCAUGCUGCGGGCGUGGCUCAACUUAUACAACAUCAGGGAGCUGAUCACUUCCGGACAGACUUUGAGUUGGCAUUGAUUGCGGCCUACGUUGGCCCACUUGGGCCGAAUCUCUUCAAGAAGGUUGCCCAGAUGGUCCUAUCCCAAAACCCAGUUCCACCCGAAGCUAUCCAAAGUGUUGAAGAAGGUCUCAUGGCUGAUUUGCAAGAGAUACAUGGAUGGUUGGGCAUGGAGUACGACAUACACAAUACCAAUGAUCCCCCACAAGGUACAAACGGUAAUUUCCUUACAUGGCAUAUCAACUUCAGACAGUCCAUCGUCAGCCUAUAA